AUGUCGGCUUCCAUGAAUUACAACUUACAUCCCGUUACUUAUCUUAACGCAACUUCCGAGAAGGUGGUCGAGUCGGAAAUUGACUUUGACUUGGACGCUGUCUCCUCCAACUCUCCGGGAACUCAGUCCAGCAGUGGCUCGCCUCAGGCUUCCUUCACAUCCCAGCUGUCUGCCAACUCGCCCUUGCAACAGGGUGCCGACUUUAAGCAUCCCACCCACCAGACACAGCCUCCCCACUACUUGGAGAACUUGGCUGCUUUCAACAACCCUGCGUUCCCUUUACAGCACCCCGCUACGGCCCCUAGCUAUGGCCAGAACAACGUGCACAAUGUGCCUGAAGUGAAGGCAGACUCCGACUCUGAAAUCAAGAAGCCAAAGAAGACUUACAAGAAAGUCAGGGACUCGGACAUGAAGGGCCCCUUCAACUGUCACUGGCGUGGAUGUUCUCUAAUCUUUGACACCCCAGAGGUUUUAUACGACCACUUGUGUGACGAGCACGUUGGCCGUAAGUCCUCCAACAAUUUGUCCUUGACUUGUUACUGGGACGACUGUGGUACCACAACCGUCAAGAGAGACCACAUCACUUCUCACUUGCGUGUGCACGUCCCUUUGAAGCCUUACCACUGCAACUUGUGUACCAAGAGCUUCAAGAGACCUCAGGAUUUGAAGAAACACACCAAGAUUCAUGAAGAUGACCACCAGCGCAAGUUAAAGAAGUCCCAAAAGAAGUUAAUGAAGGACCAAUCUGACAGACAGCUCGGUAACACAAUGUUCCCUUACGGCAACCAUAUGCCUGUGGAUGUUAACGGAAUUCACUACCCAGCUUUGGGCACCGAGAUGACCCACCGCCAGGAACUUUUUGACUCCUCUUCCAUCCUUCACCAACACAACCCCUUGGACUCUAAGAAGAGAGCCCUCGAAGGCUCCAGUGUUCAACUGAACAUGCACAUGGUCAACGGUAUCCUCAAUGACUUCAACUUCUAUGGAAUGAGCGACAACUCCAAGAGAUAUAAGAUGGAGCCUCAGUAUAACAUGGAUGUCUACAACAGAUUGAACAAUGUGGAAGACAACAUGUGUGGCCACUCGUCCACUCAUCUGUCAGUGUCGAGUCAGCCAAACACAACCACUUUCAACACUGGCGGUUUGUACACCAACGUCCACCCUUCCAACCACUACUCGUACAUGCCAUCCCAGGCCAAUUUGUACGAAGCCGAGAAAUUCUUCAACAACUUGUCUUCAUCCAUUGAAAUGCAAUACCAGAACAUGUCUGGUGCUCCACAGCCUUCAGCAGCUCAGCUGUUGCACCCUGUUCUCCCACAAUUCCUGUCUAAGGUUACCGAUGGAAGCAACCACUUCGUCAACAACCACAACUCCGGUUACACUCCAGGAUUCCCCCAGAUCAACAGACAAUUGGGUAGUGCUCACAGUUUCCCAGUUUCUUCUGAGUUUGGUGGUGUUAGCAACACUCAGAAGUCUGGUCAGAAGCUUACCGAGGAGACAAAGGAGGAGAGUACAGAAGAUGAGGAUGCUGCUGCUGCUAUGUUCAGCAAGUUGUCCAUCAAGGAUGACAAGACUUACGAUUUGGAGCAUGUUAAGAAGCACCGUGAGAUGAUCAACCUUGUGUGCAACCACUUGGCUCAAUUGAUCAAGGAGUCUGAGGAGAAGGAAGAAAAGGAGUCCACGAAAGAGGAAUCCCAACCAACAUCGUUGUACCCUACCAUUACAGCUUUUUAA